AAGCCCAACAAAUGUAUUGACUAAAUGGGCCUCUUCGCUUCUUCCAGGCCCAUAAUAGGCCUUCUCUUUCUCUCUCACACACUCUGUGCAGAAGAGAGAGAGAGUUCCAUCGUCCAUGGUUAGCUGAAGAAGAAGAAGAAGAAGAAGAAUUCAGAAUCAGAAGCUGAUUUAGUUACACCAUGGAAACUUGGCGGCAUGUUCAGUUAUGCAUUUAUCUGUUAGUUGGAAUUUCUUUGCUAUUCUUUUUUGGCACUGGCUCCUGCAUGCAUAGUUCUUCGAUCUCAAGUGAGGCACAAAGGGAUAAUCCAGAUUUUGAUUCCAACAACUCAAGUAUCAGCUCUUUUUGCAGUUUCAAGAACUUUAUAAUGGAAUCUUAUUAUGAAAAGUAUGGGAGCUUGCUUGAUUCAGAUUUCCAAGAUUUCAUAGCACAAGUACUUCCGUUGGGCAUGUGUGGGAAGCUGCUAGAUAAUUUGAACCUUGUGCCAAGAUUAUCAGUUCUACAGCACAAUCUGAUUGGUGAAGGUUCUCAUCGUCAUUUGUCCUCAUCCAUCAGAUUUAGCAUGGAUCCAAAAUCCAUAACUGAUCUAUCAACUCACUCAUGUGAGGUCAUAAUUAUUGAAAGACUGCCCUCAGGUGUUUUUGCUGACCCAUUUGAGCUACAACAUCUUCUGCAGCAUGGUGUGUUUAAUGACGUAUCUGUUUUUGGAGAUACAAAUUUGGAAUUUCCUUCAUUUCUUUCAAACCGAUCUGUUGUUGAGAUUCACAUGGAUGUUGGUCACAAGAAUGAACUUGACAUCAACAUAGAGCUUCCUCUACAUGCACGUUAUCCGCCUCUAGAUAAAAGUGGUUAUUCAAGAGUCAAAUUUGGUCCACCUGAUUUGUUUGUGUGCUGUAGCAUAGAGGGGACGUCGCAUAAUCAGAGCUGUUUAUUUACUUCAACCAGUAUUAGUUCUGAACUGGAAAGUGGUGAGAUUGUGUGGAGAAUACCUUCAGGGAUAAAGACUCAUGCUAGAAUUGUAUCCAUUGUUACUUUUAUUUCAGCCUUAUUGUCAACUCUGUUAAUUGUUUUGACAUGUAUAUUUUAUUCAGAUGCCAAACCUCGCAAAAAUCAGAAGCAAUCUUAGUGUAUUUUCUGGCUUGAUAA